AUGAGCUUAAAUAAGACGUCUUUUGUGGCAAUGGGAAACUGGGGUCUAGCGUCUUGGGCCCUGGCGUUGGUAAUGGUUGUUGGGAUUGGGGCGUGGAUUCAGCGGCUGCAGUGGAGGUGGAUGUGUAGGGAGUCGGUGAAGGGCGGGAUGGAGGUGAAUUUGUUUGAGAGAAUUGAGAAAUUGGAGGAGGAUUUGAGGAGCUCAGCCACAAUCAUGUGUGUCUUGUCAAGGCAGCUUGAGAAAUUGGGGAUACGGUUUCGGGUUACCCGUAAGGCUUUGAAGGAGCCCAUUGCUGAGAUAAUAUUGCAAGUUGAUUAUCUUGUACAUCAUCUAACUAUUUUGUUGUUUCUGAGGACUACAGCUUUGGCUCAAAAGAAUUAUGAGGCCACUCGAGUAUUAGCAGCACAAGAAGACAUUUUGGAAAAAGAGCUUGGAGAAAUUCAAAAGGUUUUGCUGGCUAUGCAGGAUGAGCAGUAG